AUGGCUGUGAUUAGAUCGAUAACAGGCGCUUGCAAUGCUGUCUUUUACAGUGUGUCAUUGUUUGGUGUGGCAGGGACGAUGAAUUUCAUCCAAAUCACAUCGUUUGUACUGCGACCCUUUUCUGAGCGAUUGAUGGUCAGGAUCAAUUCAAGGCUAGUAGGCACUGUAUGGAAAGUGAUGCAGUAUGUGUUUGAGCGUCGCAAGAAAGCGCAUAUUACCUUCUCAGGAGACAAGAUUCCUUACAAGGAAAACGCAUUGAUCUUGGCUAAUCACCAAGCUUGGACAGAUAUCUAUCUCAUUCAUUCAGUAGCAAACCGACGAGACAUGCUGUAUAACUGCAAAUAUUUUGUCAAGGACUCCAUCAAAUAUCUACCAUUUUUUGGCUGGGGCAUGUGGCUUGCAGGGUUUAUCUACGUUCGCCGUAACUGGACGCAAGAUCAAAAAAAGAUUCAAGCAACAUUUAGCACCAUGAAGCGACUAGAAACACCAGCUUGGAUCAUCAACUAUGUAGAGGGAUCGAGAAUCACGCCAAAGAAGCUAUUGGAGGCACAAAACUUUUCAAGAGAGCGUGGAUAUCCUGUCAUGGACAAUGUUUUACUACCAAGAACCAAGGGAUUUGUGAGUUGUGUCAAUGAAUUCAGAGGCUCUCAUAUCAAGUACGUCUAUGAUUUUACAAUUGCGUAUCGACAAACCACCAACCUCAAGGGGAUCAAUCAAGCACCUAGCAUGGUGCGAGCCCACGUGCAUUCACUAUGGCCAGAAUACGAAUUCCACGUCAAUGUCAGAAGAUACGCUAUUGCUGAUCUACCUGAAGAUGAAAAUGAGUUGGGAAAUUGGUUGAGAGCUCGUUGGGCAGAGAAGAAUAGUAUUUUGGCUACGUUGAAAAAGUGCUGGAUUGAUGGAUUAGAUGAAAACAUCAUAUGGAAGGAGACCUCCUGGUAG